AUGGCCCCCGUGGGUGUUCAGUGUCUCUUCCACGAAGAUAAAGAAACAGGUCUCGCCGAGGCUUGUAGGGAAUCUGGCGUGCCGUAUAUCCUCAGCACCGCAAGUAGCAGUUCGAUCGAAGAGGUGGCCGCUGCGAACGGUGACGGCAAGAGAUGGUUCCAGCUUUACUGGCCGGAGGAUGAUGAUAUCACCCUCUCCUUAUUGAAGCGUGCGAAAGAUAACGGGUUCUCGGUUUUGGUUGUCACAUUGGACACAUUCUCCCUGGCCUGGCGACCUGCAGAUCUGGAUAAUGCUUACAUACCUUUCAUUCGUGGUGUCGGAACUCAGGUGGGCUUCUCUGAUCCGGUCUUCCGCUCAAAAUUCGAAAAAGAAUCGGGCAGCAAGAUAGAAGAGGAUAUUGUCGGGGCAUCUAAAUCGUGGACAUCACAGGUGUUCUCCGGCCGGCCUCACACAUGGGAUCAACUAGCUUUCUUGCGGGACCAUUGGGAUGGACCCCUCGUUCUCAAGGGUAUUCAACAUGUGGCAGACGCGAGGCAAGCUCUUGAUGCUGGGUGCGAUGGCAUUAUUGUGUCGAACCAUGGCGGCCGCCAAGUCGACGGGGCGAUCGGCUCCCUCGAUGUCCUUCCCGAGAUCGUCGAUGCAGUCGGCGACAAGAUGACUGUUCUCUUCGACUCUGGCAUCCGUACCGGCGUCGACAUCAUCAAGGCUCUCUGUCUCGGGGCCAAGGCUGUUCUCAUCAGCCGACCAGUGAUAUAUGGCCUUGCUAUUGGAGGCAAGGUGGGCGCACAAUCCGUGAUGAAGGGGCUUCUGGCGGAUUUGUGGCAAAGUAUUGGGUUAUCAGGGAUCAGUAAUCUGCAGGAAUGUGAUCGAAACAAGAUCCGGAAGGUCCACUAUCCUGGUGAUCGGAUGGCGAUGUUGUAA